GUCGUCGAUAGCUCCACGAGACAACUCGGACUAUAUUUGCAGUGAACUUGUGAAAACCUUCUGUGUUAAUACAAACACGUUCAUAUGAUUUUUUCUUUCAAUCCUUGAUGGUCUACCCUCCUUUCCCUCGUGAGUCCAUUCGAAUCUAACAUCAACCAUCAGAGUUAGGCUUUGCAAUUGGGAACUUCGAGAUGGAGAUGAACCCGCGAAACGGGUUACCCAUGAGCCUGGCUCCUGCGGCGCCCGACGUUCGAAAAAAGAAUGAGUUCUCAGGAGCAUGGUCCGUUUUCCCCUUCAGAACAUGGCGGUCAAUACCGUCCUUUUCCACGGUCUUGAUGAAUGUGACCAUUUCUGCCGGUACCAUGGCUGUCUCGGCAGGUUGUCUCGUGAUCUCAGUCCUUGUGCUUCUCCCGGUUGGUCUAGUCAAGAGUGCCGGAGAUGCGGUCCUAUCGGUGACGAGGCCAUGGAGGAGAAAUGCAGACACCAGAGGCGGACAAAGGCGUUGCGUGGUCAUCCUCGGGGCCAGUUCUGGAAUCGGCGUGGCAUUGGCAUUGGAGUAUGCUGCCCCCAACACGCACCUCGUGCUCAUUGCACGGAAUCCAACCCGCCUCAACUGGGUCGCCGAGCAGGUCGAGGCAAGGGGCGCAACCGCCGCGGUGCACUCGCUGGAUCUGUUUGAACCAGCCAACAUCGCCAAGCUCUACCGACUGCUGGAUCAAGUCGACGCCGAGGCAGGCGGCAUCGACGUCGCCAUCUCAUGCGCCGGCGUGACCGGCCACCGCAGCGACGUCCUCGGGCCCGGUCUGGCUUACGUCCCUCCGCCCCCCGAGGUUACCACAGAUGAUGACUUCAUCUCACCGACAACAUCGGCCGACAGUGCCACAGCCAACAAACACAGUCACCCAGAAACCGCCUUUGACUCGUCCCUCUGGGGCGCCACCACCGCCUCGCGUCUCCUCCAAGUAAACGUCGCAGCCGCCCAAGCCUUUAUCCUCCACACCUGGGAGCUAAUGAAAGCGCGACAACUGGCUUCCUCCAGUGGCCCAGAAUCAGGUUCAACCCACGACGACACCACCACCCUCAGUCACAAGAAACCCACAAUCAUCGUCCUCUCCUCCUCCACCGCCUUCUUCACUCCCUCCACCUUCGCCCUCUACGCAUCCUCCAAAUCCUACCUCUACACCCUCGUUCGUAGUUUGCAACACAUUUCCUCCCCGCUCGGCAUCUCCGUCCUGCCCGUCACGCCGGGAUUCAUGGACACGGGUAUGACCGAGACCAUGAUCCGCGCCGGGGCGACUGUGCCACGGGCCGUGCUGGGUGAUCCGCGGAAGUUGGCUCAGAAGGUCAGGAGGGUUACUGAUGGCGAGGGAGGGAGCAGCGGGGCACAUGGGGGAGCGGAGGGGGGCGUGGUGUUUUAUCCCUCUGUGCAGGUUGUUGUCCUCUGGGCUUUGAGGGCGGUGAAUCCGGUGUUAGAAACAACAGCGAUGUGGGCGGCGACUGCGAUGGGGGUUGCGUCCUGGUUUUGGAGUUAGGGAGUCUCAUCAAGGCGUAACCUGAAGCGAGGGUUGUGAUGGCGUUGGCAAGGUCAUGGGGUGGUACUCGUCGAAACUCCUCAAGGGGGGGGCUAGUCGGAUUGGCGAUUUAGGAGCCCCGACGAGUAGGGCACCAUGAGGAGAGUUGGAAAAAUUCGAUGAUGAUGGGUUGAGUUGCUUCUCUUUCAGGCAUUUUGAGUUUCGAGCAGGGUUUCCUCUUGUGCUAGUGCGCGGCUCAAUGUCGAUAACACUGACUGUAGCUAAUAUGUCAUAAUAUGAUACUGCGCGUUGGGGAGAUGAAGAUGAGGAAUUGA